AUGGGUCUUAGUAAACGUGGUGUUCCAAUAGCCGAUACUUUGUGUGCGAGGUGCGGGUUACACGAGGAAGACACUGACCACAUAUUUUUGAAUUGCCUUUGGGCAAGAUGCAUCUGGUGGAACAUUUUAGUUUGGAUGCGGAUUUCGUUUGUCGAGUGCAAUCGCUUUAAAGAGUUCGUCGACAUUAUCUUGCAAAGCCCGGGUGGUAAAGUUUGGAAGAAGAUUGUAUACACCAUCAUUUUGGCUACGGUUUGGAGAAUAUGGAGCGCUAGGAAUGAAAAGGUUUUUAACAAUAAUUUCAUUCCUAUUAGCAAGACUGUGGACGGUAUUAAGGAAGAUGCGUUCCUUUGGAUAAAGACGAGAUCAAAGUUAAAAACGGCGACCUGGGAGGAUUGGAAGGCGUUUGAUUUAUUAGAUAUGUUGUAA